AUGGGGGACGCCAUCACCUACUCCGAAAUGAAUUUCACCAAAAAACACAAUUCAAGAAUCUUAUCAGGUUCUGUGCAGAAGGAAGACGUGGUCACCUAUGCAGCUGUGAAGAACCAGCCAAGAGAAAAAAAGAAGACAAAGUCUAACAAGACCCAACAAGUCUCUCCACAGGCAGAUGAUGUCUCACUGUUGUACGCCUUGGUUAAUAAACCCAAGAAAGCAGCAGAGAAGAACAACAAAGAAGUGGCCAAGACAGAGGAAGUCUCUCCAAAGGAAGAAGAUAAAGGAUUCAUGUACACCGCUAUCAAUAAACUCAACAAGUCAGCUCAGAAGGACAACAAGACCCAGCAAGAAAAUCCCCCAGAGUACGAAGGAGUUAAGAUGCUCCAUGAGUCUAAAGACAACGGACAUAUCAGACCAGAGAGACAUUCCCCCACACAAGGUGACAACGGACAUCUCAGACCAGAGAGACAUUCCCUCACACAAGGUGACAACGGACAUAUCAUGCCAGAGAGAAAUCGCCCCACACAAGGAGACAACGGACAUGUCAGACCAGAGAGACAUUACUGCACACAAGGCAGAAGACACGCGAUUCUCCUGGUCUGUGCGCUUAUCGUCAUCUGUGUGAGUCUCCUGAUAACCGCCAUCUCUCUGGGUGCCACAUGCGGAAAAGACAAAAAUUCGACCAAUGACCCACAUCAAUCAAAUACUUCAUCAGGUCGGUCUCCUAGAUGUCCGGAUCUCUGGAUCACCAUCAAUGACAAAUGUUAUUUCUUCUCUGAGAUCCAGAAAUCCCGUACAGACAGUGCUAGAGACUGUGAGGAACGCGGCUCCAGCUUGGCCACUGUGAAGGAGGAGACCAUACGGAGACUGGUGACCAUCACAGGAAAGGAAUUUUGGGUCGGAUUAACCCAAUAUAACAAGCAUGGUGAAUUGUGGACAGGAAAAUGGACAGACGGCAGCAUGGAGUAA